AUGAUUCGGGGCCUGCAGGCAUAUCUCCACGAUCGAGGUCUCGCACAGACCUGCCCUCUUUCCGCAUUGAAGGAAACACGCAUUGGCGUCGAUCUCUCCUACUACCUCAAGCAGCUUCUCUCGUCUCCUUCCACAUCAGAACCCCUCGUAGCCGCCCUCGGAGGCGCACCCAUCGCCCUCAUCUCUCACAUCGAGAAUGACCUUCGAGCGCUUGAAAAGGCCCGCGUCAAACCUGUCUUCAUCUUGAAUGGCAUCCCACCAAACAAGCGGACUCGACCCUUCUCCUACGAAGAUCCGAAAGUCAAACAGAGGCACCGUGCAUGGGAAGCAUACGAGAAGGCAGACAUUGACACCGCCCAUUCCUUGUUCUCUGCCAGCAGCUCGGUACACUAUCCAGACCUGUAUCGUGCCAUCCUCCGCGCCUUCCGUCACCGUAACGUCGAGUUUAUGGUAGCGCCAUACCUUGCAUCCGGCCAGCUCGUCUCGUUGGAACGUCACUCGAAAUCUUACAUCCAUUCGAUCUACGGCGCUACAGAAAUUUUGCUCUUUGACCGCGUCGACCGACUGAUCACCUCCCUCAACCUCGCCGAGUCUACCUUCCAGUUUGUCAGCAAGCAAGCCUUGCUCAAUGAUCUUCGCUGUAACGAGGGGCAGUUCCUCGACAUUGGCUUGCUAGCUGGCAGCGAUCUCUGCGCUACCUUCCCAGCUCUACAGGACUCUAGCUUGGGAGCACCACCACCACAUGCAGGCGCACCUCCCAACCUUCGCCAGAUCAACGACCUCGUCAAACAGUACAAGGGUGGAUAUCCGCUCGUCGCGGCAUUCGAAGGCCACCCCACCGUGCAAAAGAUCAACUAUGUUGACCAGUUCUGCCGGGCUAGGACCAUGGUCAAGUUCUGUCUCGUCUUGUCUGCGGAAGAAGGUCGAGUCUUGCCAUUGCCUCUUGCGACACCGCCGCCGCCAUUUCCAUCCGGAUCCGCACCAGUGCAUAUUACUCCCAACGGCACAGGACCAGCAGCAGGAGGAGCACCCGUUGGCGCUUCAAACGGCGGCGCACCUAUCCUCACAGCAGCAGACGUACCAGUGGAUCUGCACGAAGUCUUCUCCCACCGUGUUCCAGAUGAAGUCUUCCUGCACCUAUCUCGAGGUCUUGUCGGCCCACAAGUCCUGGCGAGCCUGGCGUCGGGCCACGUCAUCGAACCACCGCCUCUCGAUAACGGCGAAACUGAAGAUUACCGUCGCUACGUCCGAGAUACCCUCACGGAAUGCUCGCAAUCCCCACGAUGCGUCGCCGUAGCACUGGCCGCUUCUGUACUGAACGGCUUUUGGUCCUCCCGCAAACUCACCGGGAUCUACUAUUUCGCUCCCUCUGCAGACCAUGCUAUCCCACACGACUCCCCCACCACACUUCAGCUCAUCAACCGCGUAAACCAAUGGAACGUCUCCAACCGCUUCAUCGAAGAAGAACUUCGUCGUCAGAACUCUUCCACCAUCGACAUUGCUCUCUGUCUUGGUGCUACCACCUCAGACCAACUCGCCAGUCGCACCAAGACUCCACGCGUUAAACUGCCCGAUGGAUCAACAUCAGUGUUGGAGAAAAAGGAUGAAAUUGUAGCCAACACAAUCUGGCGUCUUCUCGAACUUCGAGGUUUCCUCAACCAUGCUCAUCUGCACACGCCUUAUGCUAGAGCACUGUAUUUGGCGUUAAAGAAGAGUAAGUUGAACGAUAAGUUACAGGAGCCGUUGUUUUUGGGACUGGAGCUGUUGAGAGGUGGAGUAUUACAUGCUAAUCCGUUUGGGGGUAGGGUUUAUUCUGGAGGACCGACGUAUGGGGAAGAGGUGGAGAAGAGGCAUAUGUUAUUGAUUAUGCGUGCUGUCUCCUUGCUGCAGAUGACGUUUAAAUCCUCACCUUGGACCGCUCCUUUGAGUAGGGAACUGUUGGUGUUCAAUUCGUUCGUCAAAACAACCUCACGUUCGAUGCGAAGUUUGGUGGAGAUGAUAUCCAUGUCCCUACUCCUUCGAGGCGACGGAAGACGGGGUAGGGACGACUAUUUGGACAUCUCCCUCUCUCUCCCCUUCCAAACAGACGUAAACACAGGAACGGGCAUCGUCGUGAAGUGCUACUUAGACGGAUUGAUGCAGUAUCUCAACGGCGCAAUCACGCCGAAUAAGGUGGACGAUCCCGAUGUGAUAGAAGCAAAAGAAGGCGUGUUGGGAGCAUUGGAACCUACUUUCGACAAUGUCAAAGAUGUGAAGGCGGAGUUGGGAAGAGCCUUCAGAUUCUGGCAAGCGUUGUUGGUGGCGGUUGAGACACUGGAUGCGGAGAAUGCCAUUUCGAAAGAUGUGGUGGGACAAUUUAGGGAUGCGGAUGCUUGGUUGGGGCCUUUUACUAAGCUGCCUUGA